AUGGCCGGAAAAAUCAUCCUAAUUCAUUCCAUUCUCCUCCUCCUCUUCCUAACCUUCCCACAACCCUCGACUCCAGAAUCAAUCCAGGCAAGGAUAUCACUCCUCCAGUUCAUCGAAACCCUCUCGGAGGGCACGUUCCCGCCCCACUCCAACUGGGGCUGGAACCUCACCUCGGACCCCUGCCAUGAUUGGGCAGGGGUCGUCUGUGACUCGGACGACCGAGUCAUGGCCCUGACCCUCAACAUGGUCAACCUCACCGGACGUCUGGAUCUCAAACUGCUCUGCAGGACCAUCCAGUAUUCUCUCAAAGCUCUAGACCUGACAGACAACUACAUCUUCAGCCGGCUCUCUUUCGAAAUCGCCUGCUUCACCAACCUGACCUACCUGCGGCUUGGGGGGAACCGUCUUCACGGUUCGCUCCCUGUUUCGCUCGCCUCUCUGACCGGCCUGAGCCUGGUCGAUGUUUCGCGGAACCGGUUCAGUGGGCCGAUUCCAACCGGUCUGGGAAGGCUGAACAUCUUCUUGGCGCAGGAAAACCGGUUCGACGGGGAUAUCCCGGGUGAGGUUAAUUUCGCCGGUUUGGAGGCGUACAAUGUCUCGAGGAACCGGUUGGUUGGCCCGAUUCCGAGUGGGUUUCUUGAUUUUCCGGCGUCGAGUUUUGAAGGCAACCCCGGGUUGUGCGGGCUGCCGCUGCCGGUUCCUUGCGCGCCUUCGCCAGCGCCUUCCCCUGCCAUGCGUGGCGACUAG